UCGUGGGUAGGACCUCCCGGUCCCACGUAAUAACCCAUGGGAUAAGGCCCUGGCGGACGACAGCCAAGCAACCGACCAGCAAGAGAAGUUUCUUUUGGGUGGCUGGGAAAACACACCGAAUCCAAGGAUUUUACAACGAAUAAUAUAGAGGAAGUUCUGCGAAAGUCCUCUUCUCUUGUUGGUUAUCCAGGAAAGAAUGAUUUCUUCUCUCUCUUUACCAGAAAAUUGCUGCUGUUGCUCUGCAAAACGCAUUAAAAAGAAGGCAAAACAGUUCUCUCCCUACAAACUGCAAGUGAAAGGUUCUUCAAUCAUAUCUUCCAAUGAAAGUUUGGUUAACAGAAGGCUUGCGAUAUUUUGUAGUGGUGCCUCUUUAUUUUCCAGUAUAACAGCAAAUUAUAACUUAACUGCAUUACCCGCCAAGGCAGAAGAAAAAAACCCAGAAGAUAAGGAGGCUGAGGGUGAUGCUGGUGUUAUUGGAGCAAUCAAAUCCUUUUUGGAUCCCAAUGAGAAAACAAAAUCUGGUAAAGUACUGCCAAAGGCCUACUUAAAGGCUGCAAGGGCAGUAGUGAAGACACUUAGAGAGUCUCUAGAGGAAGGUACAAAGGAUGUCGCCAAAUUCAGAAGGAAUGCUGAUGCUGCAAAGGAGUCUAUUAGAGAGUACUUAAGUGGUUGGAGGGGACAGCAAGCAGUUGUAGCAGAGGAGUCAUAUGCUGCUCUGGAGAAAGCAAUAAGAUCAUUGGCCAAUUUCUAUUCAAAUGCAGGCCCCUUUGCUACACCAUCAGAUGAGGUUAAAGCAAGCAUUCUGAAUGACUUAGAGACUGCAGAGGCCUCUCUGUAAUAUAGCCAUGGUGACUAGUAACCUUGCAAUCUCUAUGUUAUGAUACUGUCCUUAUGGAUCACCGUGGACAAGGCUUGUAUCUUUGGCAUGAAAAGAGGAUUCAUGCAAUGGUUGCGUUGAGAUGUGUGCAGAUGGAUGAAUGGAGUUUGGAGUGCUUUGCGAGCUGUGUGGGACGUGGUCUGCCAGUCUGACAUUGUGAAAGAAGAUCAUUCAUUCUUUUGCGUGAAAGAUAUAACCUGGAUCCGAUCGUUGCAAGAUUUGUACAGAAUACUGAAGUAAGAAAAUGGACAAUGCGAGAGGUUUUCUUUCCU